GAGGUUAAUCUCGUUUGGAAUGAAAUGCCCGACGUAGAUGGCGCCGCUGUCGCCGUUUUCUGAAUGAACAAAUCAAGAAGGCCGAGUUAAGAUGGCUGCCUGAAUCGAUAACACUAUUAUCGAAUAUUUCUCGUGUAAUUGGUGCUUUCGGGGCCCCCAGAAGCCCCCAUAGUGUGUAAAACCGAGUGGUCUGUUUAGUGCGCCGUCGGAGCGUGUGAAAUCCGCCGCCAACUUGGCCGCCUCCGCCAAACACGGCCACCUUUUAUUUAUGAUGUAGCGACAGCUUGAGAAACAUGUAAUUACUGGUACGGCUAAAAAAUAAUGGCUACGACACAAGGAGAGAUUAGGGUGGGUCCCGGCAACCAGGUAAAAGAUAUUUAUGCGCGACUACCGGAGUACAGACCAGGUGUGUCCCCGGAAUUACUGUCCCCAGACCCGGAACAGACGCGUAUUAGAGAAGAGUUACGAUGGGUGCCUGCCAUGACACUAGAUUCGGACCUGGUGAUGUACCUAAGGGCGGCCAGAUCGAUGGCCGCCUUCGCCGGGAUGUGUGACGGGGGCUGUCCCGAAGACGGCGCUAACGCGGCUUCGAGAGACGACACUACCAUUAACGCUUUAGACGUGCUUCACGACUCAGGGUACGACCCCGGGAAGGCCUUGCAAGCCCUAGUUAAGUGCCCGGUGCCCAAAGGUAUCGACAAGAAGUGGAGCGAAGAGGAGACGAAACGUUUCGUAAAAGGACUGAGACAAUUCGGCAAGAACUUCUUCAGAAUCAGGAAAGACCUGUUGCCGCAUCGAGACACGCCCGAACUGGUCGAAUUCUACUACUUGUGGAAGAAAACCCCGGGCGCCAACAACAACAGACCCCACCGCAGGCGGCGCCAAGGCUCCUUGAGGAGGAUCCGCAACACCCGAAACAGCAGAGGAGGUAAUAACCCGCCCCCGGUCACAGGUAAGCCCCUCCCACUUGACUCGAUCGUUUGAAUCACGGUGAGUGCAGGACGCACCGGCGCCCCGGCUGAGACCGACAGCAGCCGCCCGAGUCCACAACCCGGCAAAGAGCCGGGCGAAACCAGCUCAGUCACCGAGGACGACAACUCAGAGGAUGACAGCGACAGUCGCGAGGCCCAAUACCGUUGUUCGCACUGCUUCACGACCAAUUCCAAGGAUUGGCAAACCGGCGGCAAAGACCGCCAACUCCUCUGCUGGGAUUGCCGCGCCCACUUGAAGAAAACUAACGAGCUGCCGCCGCUGACGGCGCCGGCUGCGAUUAGCGGCACGCCCCCGAUCGAGAGCCCCGACGCCAGUCCGCAGCGCAUGCGCACGCGCAACAAGGCGGCCAAAGAGCAGACCUCGAACCGGGCGCGCCCUAAAAGAGGCGGCACCGAAACGCCCGAGCCGAAAACGCCGGUCAAGCAAGCCAAUACGAACAGUCCGAUGGAUAAAGCCGCGCCCAACCCGGCCACGCCUGCCAAGAAGAAGGGGAAGGCGGAGACGCCGUCGAAGAACCGCAAACGGGGUCAGGAUAAGACGGACGAGCCCGAAGCGGACGAGAAGGAGUUGGGGUUGUUCAAGAAGAAGAGGGAGCGGGCGGAGAGUCCGUCGAGCGUGACGACGGACUCGGGCUCGAUUAACGACGACGUGGAAGCGAACGAGCCGGAGCCGGAGAGCGUGGAAGCGACGGUGACCACCACCCCGACCACGACGACGACGACGACGACCGAAAGCGCGAAACCCAAGCCCGAGAGUGAAGAAAAGCUAGUGCCGCCCACGGUUCCGGUGAUCGUGUCAGCCAAAGCGCCGCCUCCGACGGAGCCGCUCCCGUUGAACGUCUCGAUACGACUACCCGACGACAUCAACGAAAGGAAGAGUUUGAUUAAGAGCGGCCCCGAGGUGAAGGAGUUGAAGUUCGGGGAGGUGAAAAAGGAGACCGUGAAAGCUGAACCUUUGGUGAGCAAACCCGAGGAGAAAGUGAAAGAGGAGGUUAUUAAGGAAGUCCCGGAGAAGUUCAAGACGGAGUUGAUUAUUCCGAAGGUGGUGACUAUGGAUAAGGUCAUCAUCAAGGAGGAGAUGGAGUCGAGUAACGAGGCGCUCAAUUUGAACUCCAAGGAGGAUAGUGUGUAUAAGGAGAACGUUUUCGCGCCGCAGAAUAUGAUGAAGGAUCAGAUGAACAAUUUUAGUUUGAAGGAGCCGAUUUUGAAUCAUUAUCCGCAGGGGAAUCACCCGUUGAAUUUGAAGGACACGCAGCAGGUGGAGAGGGGGAAGGAACAGAUCGUGAACAUGAAUCAUUCGUUCAUUAAGGAUUUGAAGCAGGAGCCGAAUUACGGGUACGGGCAGAAUAAGCCGACGCAGUUGACGCAUCCGAUGAACAACGUGAUCAAGUUGGAACCGAGGGAUGAACCUAUGGAGUUGACGAGUCAGACGAGAGGGGAGAACUUCGUCCCAAGCAACCCCCAGAAUCAGCCGUCGCCUCUGAAUAUACCGACGGUGAUACCUUCCACGUUGCCUCCGACGAGUAGCACUAGUCGACCGAAUGACUACGAAGAAGAGAAACGGGUGGAGAAGUUGGAGCGUCCGGAGCGGUUGGACAGACCGGAGAGGACGGACUUGGGUCCUAUCACUUCCACUUCCAUUGGGCAACCGCCGCUUCCUAAUUUGAUGCAAUCUAGUAACUUGGUGACGAUCGGGGGUAGCCAACCCCCGAUGAGUCACUACGGUUUCAUGAACUAUAAUCAUCCUCAGUCGCCGCGGAAUCAUGAUAAAAGUAGUCAUCAGACUAGCCAGAAUGAGCCUCAAAAUCUUAAGAUUAAGCAAGAGAUUCCGGAUCCUCCUUCCAGUCAGAGUUCGCUGCCGCCGUCUCAUUACGCACAACCUUUGCCGCCUUCGUCCACGUCUACUUUCAUUCCCCCAGCAUCUAGUCACUUGCAGAACGCCGACCCCCUUCAGAGUUUAAAGGACGUAAAAGUGCCCGGGUACUUACCGACGCCGCCUCAGGCCCCGCCCACUGCCGAACGCCCCCCGUCGGGCCCCACCGUCGAAAACAUCAAAAAAGAGCCUGAAUUCGCCAUGGCGCCUCCUACUAGUCGCGCCAGCCCCGCCCAACUCCCCUCCGAGAAGUGUUCCACGCCCAAAACCACGACCACGCCCACUCCAGUCGCGCAAACACCCCCCGGAACCAACUCCCCCCACUCCGCGAUUAAUCUGAUUAGCCCGAGCGCGGGGGCCCCGCCUUCCACGAUACCCCAGCCGAUGCACCCGUCGCAAACCCAAGGCCCCGCCUACCCGGGAUCGUUGCACCCGUCGCACCUCAUGCACCCGUCUUUCCUGCACGCCAUGCACCAAUUCCACACCCAUCCCUACUCGGGCUACUCCUUCCCCUAUCCCUACCCCUACCCCGUGCCCCAGCCGCACGCCAUCCCGCCGCCCUCCACCCGCCCCGAGAUCUCCAAGACCAUCGACACGGUCAGCGCGACUGUCCUCUCCAGCCAGCACACCUCCAGCAGCACCAUGACCACGAAGCGCGAGAUCCGCGAGAACGACGGCGAGGGCGCCGAACGACACGCCACCCACGAGAUGACGCUCACCCACCACCAGUCGACCUCCCACCACAGCUCGGUCCACGCCAGCAGCGAGAAGCAGAGCUACGGCGGCGGUUCUAGUCAUUCGAUCACGAUCAGCCACUCGACGAGCACGAGCUCGAGCCAGUCGGUCCAGCACAAGGUCAACCAGAAGACGGUGCGCACGAGCUCGCCGCACACGCCGGUCUCGCAGCAGCAGGCGACGGCGACGGCCAACAUCAACCACUCGACGUCGACGUCGAACCACCAGCACACGCACCACCACACCCACCACCACGACCGGCUGUCGCCGGCCAACUCGCUGCUGCGCAUGCACAAGGCGCCGCCCCCGCCGCAGAACAACGCGCAUCAUCUGAUGAUACAGCCGCCGAGCAUGGGCCACCACCCGCAGCCGCUGCCGCCGCCGGCGCUGACGGGCAACAGCUCGCUGGACGCGCUGCGGGCGCACGCCGCGCAAGCGGCGGCCAAUAUGCAGCAGGGGGCGAUGCAUCCGCCGAGCACGUCGCCGAUGAGCGCGCCGCCGCCGAAGGCGCCGCCGGUCGAGGAGAUCAAAGUGGAGCCGGAGCCGGAGCCGGUGCCCGAGGACGAGGGGCAGACGAGCCCGAUCGGCCCGCCGAGGGGGCCGUCGCCCGAGCCGAGGGUCGAGGACACGGAGUGCCACAGGAGUCAGUCCGCCAUAUUUUUGCGCCACUGGAACCGCGGCGAUUACAACUCGUGCACGCGCACCGACCUCACCUUCAAGCCCGUUCCCGACUCCAAGCUGGCGCGCAAGCGCGAAGAGCGCCUGCGCAAGCAGGCCGAGCGCGAGCGCGAAGAACGCGAGCGCGCCCAACAAGUACAAGCGCGCAAGAUCACCACCCCCGAGAAGCCCGACAUCAAACCACCCUCGCGGGGCCCCCUCGAGACCGUGUCCUCGCCCUACGAGCGCUUCCCGCGGCCCGGCUUCAACGACACCCCCGCGCUGCGCCAGCUGUCCGAGUACGCGCGCCCCCACGCCGGCUUCAGCCCGGGCCACAUGCAGCGCUCGCUGCUGCCGCCCACGCACGUCAUCGACCCCAUCAUGCAGUACCAGCUGAACAGCAUGUACGGGCCGGGGGCGCGCGAGCGCCUCGAGCUGGAGCACCUGGAGCGGGAGAAGCGGGAGCGGGAGCUGCGCGAGAUCAGGGAGCGGGAGAUGAACGAGCGGAUGAAGGAGGAGCUGAUGAAGUCGGGGAUCCGGGGGCCGCCGAACCCGAUGGAUCCGCACUGGAUGGACAUUCAGAGGAGGUAUGCCGCAGCGGGAUUGGCUGGUCCUGGCGGUCCGGCGGGGCUUCCGCUUCACCAUCUGGCGUUUUAUCCGGGGGCGGGGAGCACGGCGCUGGACAGGGAGAGGCUGGAACGGCUGGGGAUUCCGGCGCCUCCGGGACCACCAGGAGCGCCGCCAGGACACCCGCAUCAUCCCGCCCACGCCGCGCAGUUGGAGGCUGAGAGGAUCGCUCUAGCCACGGAUCCGAUGGUACGACUCCAAAUGGCCGGAAUAUCGCCCGAGUACCACGCGCACACCCACGCUCACACCCAUGCGCACACCCACCUCCACCUGCACCCCCAGCAACAGCAGGCGCAGCAGGAGGCGGCCGCGGCGGCGGCGGGUUUCCCCCUUCCUGCUUCAGGGGCUCCAGGUUAUCCCCGUCCCGGACUGAUCCCCGGACGCGACGCCCCCUUGGGUCUCCACCACCCGGACUUGCUGGGCAGGCCGUUCGCCGACCAGCUGGCCCACCAGGCCGCUGCCCACGAACAGUUACAAAGACAAAUGUUACUAGAAAGGGACAGGUUUCCGCCGCACCCCUCGAUAGUCGCCCAGCACGAGGAGUAUUUGAGGCAACAGAGGGAGCGCGAGCUGAAGGUGAGAGCAUUAGAGGAGGCGGCGAGGGGUUCGAGGCAAUAAGUCGUAAGUUGUGUCGUGGAUUGUGUGCACGGUUUCAAUGUGGGUUUCAGUGCCGACAAGUCUAAUCAAAUUAUAUCAUGUACAAUGUUCUCGACUUAAAGAAUUUUAAAAGGAGAUACUAUAGGAUACGCUAAGUUUUAAGAGGAUUAUAUAUACAUAUACGAUUUUAAUUUUUUAAUAUGUUUUGCAAUGAUAGAGAAUAAUUUUGUAUACAAAGUAUUGAUGUUAGUGGUUUUUUAGCUAGUUGGACGAAUUUUAUAUGCAGAGUUUGAGUCUUCUGUGUAUAUUAAUUUUGACCAAGUGUAAAUAGGUAAAAUUGUCUAAGUUUUAAAUUGAUGCAAGCGGUUUUAACUUUGUGGCAGUCUUCCUGUAUUCGGGUAUACAAUACGACAAUGAUUAGCAUUCUUGUGUUUGUAAAAAGUGUACAUUGUUUUUAAUUUAGUGUUAUUUUUUGUUUGUUGACUAAAUUGAUCGAGACUAGGCUAACUAUCUUAUUUCGAUUGCUUUACUUACGAUCUGGAAAGAUUUGAUCUGUGGUAUUGUUUGUUUACACCAUUCUUUUAUUUAUAUAUUUAUGUCUUUAUUUAAAUUUUUUUGUUCCCUUAAAACAAUAAAUUUUUUACCAAAGA